UCCGGGAAAUCCCACUAUGGGUCCCCUCCUCCUUCCCGAGACGACACACCUCUACCAGCUCGAGUUAUUAUAAACCAUCGCACAGCAUUCAUACAGGCGUCUUAAACUGAUGGAUCCAACCUCGGACUGGCAGCUUUAAAGACGCAUUCUUCUGAAACUAGUUUGUGAGGAGUACCAGUGGGAAGAAACAUGGACGCUGAUCAUCUGCUCGGUGCCUCAAUCAUCAGGAUCCCACCUCACCACUACAUCCAUGUGUUGGAUCAGAACACCAACAUUGCACGGGUGGAGCUCGGCCCUCUCACCUAUAUACGCCAGGACAAUGAGAGGGUUCUGUUUGCCCCUGUCCGCAUGAUCAUGGUGCCACCCAGGCACUAUUGUGUUGUGCUCAACCCUGUUGCCCGUAAUGACGAAGGCCAAGUUCAGUUUGAUGCAUCAGGUCAAGCUAAGCUCAGACAUGCUGACCUGGAGAUCCGCCUGACCCAGGACCCGUUCCCCCUCUACCCUGGUGAAGAGAUUCAGAAGGAUGUGACGCCACUGCAGAUUGUGUAUCCGGACACAGCCCUGCGUCUGCAGGCCCUGCUGGACUUUGAAGAGGAGGGAGGAGAGAAGAGGAUAGCAGGAGACGAGUGGCUGUUUGAGGGACCAGGGACGUACAUUCCCAGGAAGGAGAUGGCGGUACUUGAAGUCAUAAAGGCCACGGUGAUCAGAGAGAAUCAGGCCAUUCGCCUCCGAGCGCGCAAAGAGGGCCUAGACCGCAGUGGAGUCCGCAGAGUUACUGGUGAGGAAUGGCAGGUCAGUAAGGUGGGAGCUUAUCUGCCUGGAGCUCACGAAGAGGUGGUGGAUAUCGUCAAUGCUUUCAUCCUCACAGACAAGAAAGCUUUGCAUGUGCGCGCUAUCCGUCCGUUCCGUGACGCCGGGGGCCAAGAGCGGCGCACCGGAGAAGAGUGGCUGGUGACCGUGUCAGACAGAGAGGCUCACAUUCCCUCUGUGGCCGAGGAGGUUAUCGGGGUGGUGGACGUAACGACUCUGAACAGCAGGCAGUACUGCGUGAUUAUGGACCCCGUGGGGGCUGAUGGGAAACCUCAGCUCGGACAGAAGAGAGUGGUGAAGGGUGAGCGUUCGUUCUUCCUCCGGCCAGGAGAGCAUUUGGAGAACGGCAUUCAGGAUGUGUACGUGCUGUCAGAGGAGGAGGGGCUCGUGCUGCGUGCUGUCGAAGCCUUCAUUGACACUGAAGGGCAGGAAGAGGUAGAUGAAGAAGAAGAAGAAGAGGAAAGCCGAGCCAAAAAGAGGGGAGUACAGCGGCGUCCAGGUGACCGUUGGAUGCUGCGCGGCCCAAUCGAAUACGUGCCGCCCGCCAACGUAGAGGUGUUGCUUAGACGAGAUGCUAUCCCGCUGGAUGAGAAUGAGGGCAUUUACGUCCGUGACAUCAAAACUGGAAAGGUGCGUGCUGUGAUUGGCCAGACCUACAUGCUAACGCAUGAUGAGGAACUGUGGGAGAAAGAGCUUCCAGCCAAUGUGGAGACUCUUCUGUCUCAAUCCCUUGACCCGCUAGCUGACCGCUCGGAGCGAGGAAGAAACUUUGCAACUGUGCAAGCUGAUAGAGAUAAAACCAGAGUGGUGUCCUAUCGUGUCCCACACAAUGCGGCCUUGCAGGUGUACGACUACAGAGAGAAGAAGGCCAGGGUGGUGUUUGGCCCUGAAAUGGUGAUGCUGGGUCCUGAUGAGCAGUUUACAGUUCUUUCCCUUUCCGGGGAGAAACCCAAACGUCCUAAUGUCAUCAAAACCAUUUGUCUCCUGCUUGGCCCAGACUUUUGCACGGACAUCAUCACCAUCGAGACGGCCGAUCACGCUCGCUUGCAGCUGCAGCUCUCUUACAACUGGCACUUUGAUAUCAAACAGUCCACUGAAGCGGCCAAAGCUACGGCUCUGUUCUCUGUGCCAGACUUUGUGGGUGACGCGUGCAAAGCCAUCGCUUCCAGAAUCAGAGGAGCGGUUGCCUCAGUGCAGUUUGAUGAUUUCCACAAGAACUCCAUCAGGAUCAUCUGUUCGGCUGUCUUUGGUUUUGAUGAGAAGAUGGCGGUGCGGUCCAGCCUGCGCUUUAAUCAGAACGGGUUAGUUAUCAGCAGCGUGGACAUUCAGUCUGUGGAGCCGGUGGACCAGCGCACCCGUGACGCCCUGCAGAAGAGCGUGCAACUAGCCAUCGAAAUCACCACCAAUUCACAGGAGGCUGCUGCUCGACACGAGGCAGAGCGUCUGGAGCAGGAGGCUCGGGGUCGUCUGGAGAGGCAGAAGAUCACAGACCAGGCAGAGGCAGAGAAAGCCAGGAAGGAGCUGCUUGAGCUGGAGGCUCAGAGUGCUGCAGUGGAGAGUACAGGAGCGGCGAAGGCUGAGGCACAAUCUAGAGCCGAGGCGGCUCGUAUACAGGGAGAGGCAGCGGUCGAAGAGGCCAAACUCAAAGCAGAGGCCCAGAAAAUCGAGGCCGACGCUGAGCUGGCCCGUCUGUGUAAGGCGCGUGAGCAGGAGCUGAAUUACAAGAAGGAGAUGGACCAACUGGAGGUACAGAAGCAGCAGAAACUGGCAGAUAUUGAGAGCCUGCGCUUCAAGCAGUUGAUGGAGAGCCUGGGCACAGAAACCCUGAAGGAAAUGGCCCGAGCCGGGCCCGAACUACAGGUGAAGCUCCUGCAGUCUUUGGGUCUGAAGUCUACUCUCAUUACAGAUGGCUCCUCUCCUAUUAAUCUCUUUACUACUGCCAAUGGCCUUCUGGGGGCUCUGCAGGGCAAAGGACAGGGUGAAUAAAUAAAAAAUAGUAUAGACAGAGGUUAAGAGGCCUUAUACCACUUGAUAUGCAUAAAUAAAAACUGUGAUGCUGUACUCUGUUAUUGUUUUCAUUCCUAAUAGCUAUUACGGUAAAGCCAUGUAAGUGUUGCAUUAGUAGCACCUUUGCUGUCUUAGUUGAACUAACGCUCAGUUCAUUGUAAUAGAUAUGUUUUGGCUUUACUAACACGUAUACAUUAGAUAGACUUUGAGUGUCAUGCUGAAAUGUGCCUUUGGUGCCUUAAAUAAUUCAUUUCAACCAAAAGAGCUUUCUAGAAUAUGUGUUUCUUUACUGUGCUUUGCUUUUUACAGCAAUAAAACAACAUUUAAUGUCCAAUAAUACCUCAAAUAUCAAAUAAAAUAUUUGCAUUGCU